UUGUGAGUAAGUAGAACCCUUAAUGAAUCAAACCACACCUAAAGUUUCAGGAAGUUGUGCUCAAAGGAGAAGGCUAUUGUCAAGAAGUCUUCUCUGACUGAAGGAAAAAUAAAAAUCCCAAAACAGUGAAGGGAGAACAGAUUUUCCGUGGUUUCUUUGUUCCAUGUACGAUUCCCUGUGGGCUGAAAGCAAGGCGUCAGUGAACGGACCUUAAUGGUUACUUUCAGUCACACCUGAGGCCAUUGGCUUUUUGUCAGCAGUUGGAGUCUUUGUUGUCUUGUUGGCAUUGCUCUUCCUCUUCAUCAACAAAAAACUGUGCUUUGGAAAAGUCGGUGGACUCCCGUGUCUUGAACUGAAGCGAGAAAAGAAACAAGUACGAGAAAAAGGUGGAAUCCACAGGGGUCUUGCUUAGAACAGAGUAACUGGCAUGUUGACAGAUUAAAACGUCUGGACCAUUUCACGAUCAAGCAUUCUGCAAUCCAUUGAUUAUGGCUUCUGAAGAACUUCUGAAGAAGGGUCCAUUCACACAGUCCUUCUCUGAUUGGAUGUCGCAGAUAUCUGAAUCAUUCCAGCAAGCUGGGAGCUCCAUUUCCAGCAGCUUUCUAAAUCUUCGUCAAGGUGCAUCCACUCAAAUGUCGAAUUCUGCAGUUUCAAAUUCCUCAACCAAUGCAGAGCAAGAUGAUCAGGAACAAGACCGAGCCCUGAAAACUGACUCUGGUUUACAUACUGAUGACAAUUCUCUGGGCACAUAUUACACAGAAAUUGAUUUACAGCCGGACUCUGACACAGGGUUGGAAUCUUCCGAAGACCAAGCUGUUGAAAUGGGGUUGCAUGAUGAUGAAAGCGCAAUUCCUAGACAUCAGCCUGGUGCUUAUGGUUUACAAGCUGAAGACUUUGGACAAGUCACUUCAAUUUUGUACAAUGGGAUAGAUUCAAAAGAUGUAACUGUUGUAAAGACCAAUAUGUAUAGCAAUGCCAACCGUUAUGACAGUGAAACAGUGAAUGAUCUAACUGCUAUUCCAGAAGAAGCAGAAAACCUCAAUCCUGAAGUCGGAUCUGAUUAUAAGUAUGCCAGUGUGAAGUGUGAAGCAGAUUGUAAUGAAACUGAUGUGAAAUUCCAGGCAGUGAACAGUUAUGGGGAUGAUGAGGAGUUGACUACAUCUACAGACAGCGAUGAGGAAGUGAUCAAACGGUUUGAAUUCUCUGUGUCGAGGUCCCAGAGUUUCCGCUCUACAGUGUCAGACAAGGUGGCGCAGGCGGGUUUAGAGCGUAGGCAGAAAUUUAAUCGUUUACCUUCGAAUCACCAAGAGUACAGCACAGAUGCCUCUGAAGUUGAAGAUACAGAUAAACAACAUCAGUUUAGCAUCCACGAUAAUUGUUCUUAUCAAGAAGAUCAGUUAUCUAUGGGUUCAGGCACUGUGUCUGAGAGCAGAACAGGUCAUCAAAAGGCUUCAGAUGAAGCAGCUGGGACUGUGGAUAAGAAUCAUGGGAAACAGCAAACUGAGGAGGGAAGUCCUGAUCAAGAGACCAACUUUGACAAUCAGGCCUAUGAAGGAAAUGACCAAACAGAUAGUUCAUCAGCAUGGAGCCCAGAGGAGGCAGAGGGAAAACCAACAGCUCCUCAGCAACAGGACGCACCUGAGCCAAUUUCCAAAUGUGGAGACCUCUACCUCACAUUCAAUUACAAACCCUCCAACCACAAACUGGCUGUUACAAUAGUUACAGCUAAAAACAUCCCAGAUAAGGACCGCAGUGGGGCUAAUUUAUGGCAGGUUCAUACAGUCCUCCUACCAGGCAAGAAACAACGUUCCAAAACCAAUGUGCAGCGGGGACCUAUGCCAGUCUUCAAUGAGACUUUUAGGUUUAAUAAGGUGGAGCCAGAGGACCUGCACAAUUAUGCUCUCCGAUUUCGCCUGUACGCAGUGCGGAAGAUGAAUCGAGUGAAAAUGAUGGGAGAGAAGUUGUUUUACCUCAGGAAUCUAAACCAGGAGGGAGAAAUGGAAGUUUCGCUAAUCCUGGAGCCAAGGAGUAACAUGACAAGUGGAGAUUCACAGAUCAGUCUGUCUGCCAUCUCUCACAGUGACAGUGCUUCAUCUACACAAUCGCUUUCACAUGGUGGAACUCCGGAACUACUCGUUGGAUUGUCUUACAAUGCCACAACAGGAAGACUUUCUGUUGAAAUAAUCAAAGGCAGUCACUUCCGAAACUUGGCUCUGAACAGACCGCCUGACACAUAUGCGAAACUGUCCCUCCUUAACUCAGUCGGACAAGAAAUGUCUCGGUGCAAGACGUCCAUUCGGCGUGGUCAGCCCAACCCUGUUUACAAGGAGACUUUCAUCUUCCAGGUUGCUCUUUUCCAGCUCUCUGAAGUCACAUUAAUGAUCUCAAUAUACAACCGACGUAGUAUGAAGCGCAAGGAAAUGAUCGGAUGGAUCUCCAUGGGUCAAAACAGCAGUGGCAAUGAGGAGCAAGAUCACUGGCUGGAGAUGAAGGAAUCCAAAAGCCAUCAAGUCUGUAGAUGGCACACAUUACUGGAAUCAUAAACACAACACAGCUAAUUAAAGACAGCUUAUAUGGCCUUUUAUCCAGACAUUCUGAACAUUUUCACCUGUGCAACAGGCUUCUAUUGUACUACAACAUUCAGGCCCUUCCUUAAAAUCUUAAACUAGCCAAAUCAUUGAAGAAUACCUUUGUGAACAGCAAAUUGCUUAGCCGGCAUGAGGAAUUCCUUCAGGGUUUCAGAAGCUAUUUGCGUCAGCUAAGUGCCUGUGGAGGUGCAUUAUUGUGUCACCGUGAUAUGACAUCUACAAUGACGACAAAUCAGUAUUGAGGAUGAGCACAUAGUACAAAAGAAUCACUGUUGCCAUAGCUAUAAAUGCACAUCAUUUAAACCUUUAAAUAGUCAAUAUUUAUUGCUGCACUGUGCAUGCAGAAAUGAUUUGGCUUUUCAAACAUCAUCUUCGUACAAAACAGCUUCCUUCAGUCUAUAAUUUACUGACAACUCAAACUACAAACUAAUGCUGCUUGAAAACAAGUUUUGUAAUCAAUAAAGUCAUGGUGAAGAAAAUGAACAGUAUCACUCAAAGUGCAUCAGUAAGUAAAAUGGCCCAAUAAAAUGUUUCUUCCCGGCAUAUUCCAAGUGGGCACUAUCAAAAGGAGUCUUGAACUGGGUUUGAAGUAAUUCAAGAUUCACAUACAAGGAUGAGUACAUCAAUGCUCAUCAUCUAGAGCACUUUCCACAAGUUGCAUGUCAUUUGCAGUCGCCCCUGUCAGUAAAUACUUUAAACCUUUUGUCAGUAAAUGCCCAGAACUAGGUAAACACUGCUGCACUUGGCAUCAUGAUUCAGUUGAAAGCAAAAUAUGACUUUCUCAUGAUGGACAUCGAAAAACAACAAUCGCCAAAUAGGUUCCAUUGGAUGCUCCCCAUUUUGUGAGAGUUUGCAACUGGCAACUUACAAAAUUACCCCUCUGCAUUGCACUCUUUUCUUUAAGCCACCUGGAUAGGACACAUUGAUUUGUAUAAAUCAAGAAACCAACUAUAGAACAAACUAUACAUCAGUUUCUCAGAGUGUAUAGCAGGAUGGAGCAGAGAAAUAGACCAUGCCAUUGUUCACCAGUGCAUUCAGUCCUUUUCCUGAUAGAACUCCUAUUCCAAAUGUUCUUUUUGUAAUUUCCCCAUUAGCUAUUUCCCUGCAGUUUAAUUGUAGUGGGCCAGUUAGCUGGAGAGCUGGUUUGCAGUGCCGGGUGAUGCCAACAGCAUGAGCUCAAUUCCAUACUGGCUGAUGUUUCCUGCGGAACUCUCCUUCUCAAUCUCUCCCCUUGUCUGAGGACUGGUCACCCUCAGGUUUUAUCACUACCAGCCCUCUCUCUCUCUGUCUCUAAUGAGAGAACAGCCCUAUGGUCUGGUAAGACUAUGGUGACUUUACCUUUUUUUUUAAUAUCCCUCCUAAAGAAAUGUUUGUAUUCCUCUUUUAAAAGAAUUAUGAACUUUGCUACAAAAUAAUUUAUGAAGUAAAAUGCUUCUGUAAUUUUUGCAGUGAAUAACUAGAAUCCCUAUACAUAUUCACCCUCAUGUUUUUCUGUUUCUUUUUUCUCCAUUUUCUUUUAUUCCCUCAAGUGUCUAGCACCCAAAAGGAACGAAGAAGGAUGAGAAGUGACUUUUUAGAGGUUUACAAGAUGAUGAGAGACAUAGAUAGAGUGGAUAGUCAGAGACUUUUCCCAGGGCGGAAAUGACUGUUUCAAAGGGGACAUAAUUUUAAGGUGACUGGAGGAAGGUGUAGGGGAGAUGUCAGAGGGAGGUUCUUCACACAUAGAGUGGUGGGUGUGUGAAAUGUGCUGCCAGCAGUGGUAGUGGAGUCAGAUACUUUCGAGACUUUUAAGCGGCUCUUGGAUAGGCACAUGGAGGAUAGUAAAAUGUAGGGUAUGCAGGGUAGAUUGAUCUUAGUAGGAUAAUAGGUCGGCACAGCAUCAUGGGCCAAAGGGCCUGUACUGUUUGUACUGUUCUGUGUUCUAAAAGCAUGUCGUGAGAGGUUUUCAAUUUACCAAUUCUUUUUGCUGAUUGAGCCUGUGAUGCCUGUGUAUGAAAACAAAUUGUGUAUUUGCCACCGAGGACUGGUUGUCUCAGAGUCAAAUGAUUGUCAAUUCCAGACUUGCUCCAAGACAUGAGGUGAUAAGGAAGCUGAAGGCUGAUGCUCCUGUGUAGUACAGAGGGAGAGAAAUGCUAUCUACUCUUUUGGAUAACCUGUCAAAUCUAAAUUCCAUCUAACCCUCUCCAGUGGAUGUAACAGAUCCCAACUCGCUAUUUCAAUAAAAAUGAAAAGCUGUUAUAUCCAACAUUUAUCCCUCAAUCAUCAUGACAAAAGCAGAUUAUUUGAGCAAUCCCAUUUUUUUUGUGGGAGUUUGUGAUGUGCACAUUGCUUGCGAUGUUUUCUCCACUCCAAAGUACCUCCUCACUGUAAAGAGCUACUGGAUGUUAGAAGGCCAUCAAAUGCAUUGUGGAAGGCUGCCUUUUCUUUGUGCUGAGAUAGUGAGAACUGCUGAUGCUGGAGAAUCUGAGAUAACAAGGUGUAG